UGUUGGGCUGAACUUGAACCAUUGUUGUCACUUACCCAGAGGGCUGUGCAUUUUUUCAAGUAAAUAUUGUUCUUGACUUUUCACACGUAAUAUCUUACAAGUUGGGGUUAAAAAAUUUAUAAAUCAGAACUGGCUGCCGUAAUUAAGAAAUUAUGCACACAGCCCGAUGACCAAUUCUGAUCAGCAAAAAGAGUGGUUACUCUCUUGUAGCAUCUGAAGGGGAAAUCCUCAUACUUCUUAGUUUUCAUAACACCUAUGCCUGCUAUGCUGUUUCCAAGUUACAUGCCAAAUUAGCACCUUGGGUACUCCUUUCUUCUAUGUAGGUGAAGUGAUUUGAAUUUCAUAGGAGAAUCCUGUUCUGCCAAAAACACCUUGUCUUCAUGCCUCUGUUCUUCGCAUAAGAAGAAUGGAAAAACUGAUGUUAUUCUUGUUAUAAUCCUUAUGCGCUUUUACCGUUUAGGGAACCAACCUCAUCUAAUUUUAAUUCGGAUUGUAAUAGAGUUAUGCAAGAAAUGAAGGUAACCAAAGUUAUGCAAGAAAUGAAGGUUUUGAGCAUUAUGUAUGACUUCUAUUUUUAUGCUGAAGCUCUAAAUUGUGCAACAGCUUUCACAAAUUUAUGAACUGUUUGUACAUCUGUACCUAUAAAGCUUUAACUGUUCAGUAUAAAACUUUCUGAUAUAUCUUUACUCUAGCAAGAUAAUUGAACACAAAAAACAGCAGUCACUUGAAUACUACUAUUUUAACUUGAUAGAAUAUAAUUUCUAUUCUUGUACUAGAUUCAUGUUUAUCUGAGCCUAAAGCAGACAUCACAAUCAAUAUUUACAUCUCUUCUAACUGCAUAUUUAAAUAAUUUGUUAAAGUCACUCAUCCUAGUAUUAAGAUAGAUAUGUACAGUAUGUACAGCACAUAACCACUCAAGAUGAAAAUCAUUACAAAUUUGGGUAUGAGCAUGCUUGCAGACAUAGAUGGUUCAGUUAAAUCUGCUGUUUCUGCUCCACCUUGAGAAUGCGUUUGGAUGUAGAAUUUUCAUUUCAAGAAAUUAUCUCUAAUUUUUUAGAAUGAAAGGACUUGAAUGAUAGAUUAUCAUGAAACUCAUUCUCCUAAUAUCGUUCAUUUUUUAUCAACACUAUAUUACUCUUUUAAUUCAAGAAUGGUUGUUUUACUUGGAUUUAUCUUUUCCUCCAAAACCUUGCAUUGAAGCAUACCCUUAGCUUCAGCUGUGAUUGGACUAUAAGUGUAUAAGGGUAGAAUAGGGAUAUGUAAAUAUCGACAGCUGGAUACAGCUGUAAUGACAGCUGUUAUUAGUUAGGAUUCAGUUAGGAUUUGAUAACUGAAUAGUUAGCUUGAAGAGCAAGCUACCAGCACUCUAUAUAAGUCAUCUACUCACUAUUGUAAUAUUCAGCAUAAUGAAAAUAGAAAUUCAGUUUCAGAUUCUGUUACAGUUUCUCUCUCUUCUCUCUCUCUCCUUUUCUCGUUUUCUCUGGUUCUAUCAUGGUAUCAGAGCUUAGGUUCAAUGGCAGAAGCUUCAUCUUCAACGCUUCCCUCAUCUUCUUCUUCUACGCUUCCCUCAUCUUCUUCUUUGCAUGAGAAAGCUUUGACUCAUGCUGUCAUCAAGCUUGAUGACACGAAUUUCUACUCCUGGAAACAACUGGUUGAAGGAGUGAUUAGGGCUCACAAAUUGCAGAAAUUCAUUCAAGAUCCACUGCAAAUUCCAGAACAGUUCUUGACUGAGGAAGAUCGAUUGACAGAAACAGUGAAUUCAGCAUACUCUGAAUGGGAGCAACAAGAUUCUACUUUGUUUACUUGGUUGCUCUCAACACUAUCUGCUUCUCUUCUUCCUACAGUGGUUCAGUGUCGACAUUCAUGGCAGAUCUGGGAGGAAAUUCAUACUUUCUUCAACGCACAUUCCAAGGCUCAAUCUACUCAACUGCGCUCUGAAUUGAAGACAAUCACAAAAGGAACAAAGACUGCUACAGAGUAUCUCAAGCGAAUCAAGACUAUUGUCAAUACACUGACUUCGAUUGGUGAGCCAGUUCUGUUUCGUGAUCAUCUUGAAGCCAUCUUUGAUGGACUUCCAGAUGAGUAUAGUGCGUUGAUGACUGUGAUUUACAGUCGUGACACCUUUUUCACCAUCUCUGAAGUUGAGGCCAUGGUGAUUGCUCAUGAAGCACGCUUUGAGCGCAUGAAGAAGAAGCAGCAUGCAGAUUCCACUGCAUCUGUUUUUCUUACCCAAGUUCCUUCUCAGAUUCCUGCACCAGUGUCGCAACCACCAUCGGUGGCCAAUCCUUCUCCAUCGUCUCCGUGGCAACCACCUUCAGCGUCACAAUCUGCGGUGCAGAGUGAUGAGCACGAUCGCGACAAUGGAGGAAGCAUCAAUGGCAACUAUGGAGGUAGCUAUGGCCGUGGACGCGGUCGCGGGAGAGGUCGCAACACUCUCCAGUGUACGUUUUGUCACAAGUUUGGUCAUGAUGUUAGUUCUUGCUGGUCGAAGCCUGCGACAGCAUCGAAUGGUUCGAAUGGUGCUAUUGGUCAAUCCAAUUUUGGAAAUUCGACUACUGCACCCAAUUUAGGGUUUUCUGGAGCUCAAUUUGGGAAUUUAGGGUUUCCUAAUGCUCAAUUUGGGGGUUUUGGUCCCUACACGAAUUUAGGGUUUCCUGGAGCAAAUUUGGGAUUUUCUGGACUCAAUUUAGGGUUCUCUGGAGGAAAUCUGGGAUUUCCUAAUGCUCAAUAUGGAGGUUUUGGUCCCUAUACUGGUCUUGGAGCUGGAAUGCACAAUCCUUUUGGUCCUUGGUGUGCACCUCCUACUGUACAUGGUACUUGGGGCUCUCAAUUUUCUGCCAGACCACAACAACAGGCAGGAGCUAUUCCCAGAGGUUUUACUCCUCCUACUGCACCACCUCAAGCACCACCACAAGCAAUGCUUGCUACUGUUCCUUCUCAGGGUCCUUCUCCUACUGCAGCUGUAGCAGCAAUACAGUGGUUUCCUGACUCUGGUGCUACUCACCAUGUCACCAAUAACCCUGCUGUGUUUGUUGAUAACAGUCCAGUGAGCUCCUCAGAACAGAUUUACAUGGGCAAUGGUCAAGGAUUGCCUAUUCAAUCCAUAGGACACCUCUGAGCUUCUUCUCACAGGACGUGUGGGUGAAGAUGGUCUCUACUCCUUUGAUGGACCUCUCACUCGAGCUUCUUUGUCCUCAAGCCAGUCUUCUUCAGCACUUUCCUUUCGGCAUCACCAGGCUGCUCUUGUC